AUGGAUCCAGUUAGUGGUGCUGCAAGCAUCAUCGCCAUCAUCCAGAUCGCCGACAAAGUCAUACGAGCGUGCGAAUCCGAUGAAUUUAGUGCCCUUGAGACACUGGCAGCCUCAGAUGGGCCCCUUGAGAGCUGCCAGAAGGCGAUGAUGGAUUUGGAGCGGCUUCUACCUCCCUACCAAAGCUCUGGUCCAACAGCAACCGGUGCAAAGUAUUCGAAGGCCAAGACUGUCCUGUCGUCUUUGGCGUGGCCGUUCAAGGAGGGGAAGGCGACCAAGUUGCUUGAUGAAAUUAAACAGCACAAGGGCACAAUAUUGCUAGCUCUAACAACGGAUACGGCGUAUGUACGGUUGCUAUGCGUCCAUUUCGAGUAUUACUGACAGCACACCCAGACAAGAUGUGAAAGUCAUCAGAAAGAAGGUUGAUGAUAUUUCUGCAAAUCUGACCAGUAGGUUGACCAGGCGUUGGUGUUUUGCAGAUACAGAUUUGUCAUCUCGCGCAAGACCUCCAGGUCAGGGAGAUAUACCUCCACUUCUUAUCCUGGUCCACAAACCCUUCAUCGAUUCACGGCAAGCUUGUGAAACUGUAUGAACCUGGCACCGGUGAGUGGGUCUUCAAAUCUUCCGAGUGGAAAGCGUGGAUGGAGGGAGAUUCACCUUGCCUUGGGAUCCACGGAAUCCCAGGAGCUGGAAAAACAAUCUUUACGUCCCGCUGGAUCAAAACAGUCAGAGGUCUUACUGAGAGCCCGGAUCAACGAGACCAACAAUACGCAUGCACGUAUUAUUAUUGCUAUUUUGGCCACGAACAGGACGAAGCGAUACCCCUUUCUGAUCUGGAUUUUAACCAAGCUUUGUCGGCAGAUCAGUCAUUGCACUGUGGAAGAAGGUAGAACGCCCACCUCCUCAUGAUUUGUUGCAGGCUUUGGAAGAAACUGUCCAGAGUUUUGAUAGGGUGUACGUGCUGCUAGAUGCAGUGGACGAAAGCAUGCCUCGGGGUAACCUCUUAAAGGUUGUGCGCGACCUGUCGACGGAUCAAAGACUCGACCACAUACAGCUUCUGGUAACAAGUCGCGAAUACAUCGACAUUGAGACUGUGAUGUCAUCAUUCUCAACCUCCCUAUCUAUGUCGACCGGUUUAGUGGAUGAAGAUAUCCAAAUAUACGUUCAGUCUCAACUUGCACAACACCCAAAACUUCAGCAAUAGCCGUCCUCAAUUCAGUCAAAGGUUCACACUGUUUUGUGUAGCAAGGCGAAGGGAAUGUCCCGAUGGGUCGUAUGUCAAUUUGAUGCUUUGCAACGCUUGAAGCCUGAUAUCAACGUUGUCACCACAGCGCUGGCGAAUUUACCCCGUACUCUCGAUGAAACAUAUGAGCGCAUCUUCCGCCAGACCCCUGAAGAGGCCCAAGAUACUGUUCGCUACACCUUCAUGUGGAUCCGCAGGCAUCAACUGCAGCAUACGUUUACAGGAACUCAAGAGCAAAGCAAUAUUUCGUGCUCAGUACUGCUUUGUGUCAUACAGGAGUCUCUGGGACUAAAUGGGCUCAAUGACAGUCUUGCUUAUGCUGUUGAUGAAGAACUUCUUCGUAAGUUCUGCGGAUGCCUUAUUACGAUAUCCAUGGAGGAGAGGCACACAAAGUUUGGGGAAUUUUCUCCACGAAAAAGACCACCGGUCAGACUGCUGACAGACUCCUUCGCACAUUACAUCGUGUUUGAGUUUUUUGGACUCUCCCAAAAUUCCAAAACGGCUCGGAACACACACCUGCUGGUAUGCUCUUGAAAGGCAUCACAUUCGCGACGAACUCUCACGGAUAGUAUUUUCCAAGAUAUUGCGGCUACGAGAGGGUGACCUAGCUGGAUAUCAAAUGCAGGAGUGACGUCACAAGAAGCAGCAUGAAAUCCUGGCAGAAGUCUACAGCAGCUUUGACUGGUUCUGUAUCAUCGAGUUCGCUCUUCAUAUGCGCUUUCUACACCGGCCUCUCAUGUGCCCAGAAUCUUUUGAGCUCGCAAUGAGGCUGUUGAUCCAUCAGAAGACCGUUUUGCGCCAGUCAUGAAGGCUAUCUCACUUCUGGCAGAACUAACCCAUGUCUAUAACCUUUACAACAUUGCAACCUUUGAGCAAUUCCGGAAUACCGUUUGGCAAUCCCACCUAUUAAAUCCCCA